UGCCAUUGUCCGUCAUGUUGUCGCGCGGCCUUGCUUCUCGGGCUGCUGGGUCAUCGGUCCUCCGCUCUGCUUUAAGGCGUGUGGACUGUCGGAAGCAAAGACUUGCACGAUGGAUGGCGACCGAAGCGCACCAGGCCGCUGACAAGCCAACGAAAUACGGCCAACCACUAUAUCAGAGCCAUCCGCAUCUCGUCCAGCCUGGUGAACUCACGCCAGGUAUACCUCAGGAGGAGUAUGAGAGACGGCGAAAGGCGUUGAUGGACUCUCUGCCGGACAACAGUGUCGUCGUGUGUGCAGCGGCGCCGAUCAAGUACAUGAGCGGAGCGAUAUUCUACAAGUAUCGGCAGUCCUCUGACUUCUGGUACUUGACCGGCUUUGAGGAACCAGACUCAGCCGUCAUCCUUGAGAAGACAAGCACUUCAAAAGGCUAUCGCAUGACGCUCUUUUGCAGCGGGAAGAACCUUGCCCAGGAGAAGUGGGAUGGGGCCAAAACAGGACUGUCAGAAGCUACCGCCAUCUUCGGCGCCGACGACGCGCGUAGCAUCGAUCACUUCAAUGACCACCUCCGCUCCUUGACCCCCCUCUACUCCAACAUCUACACCGACCUCGACAGCCCCAGCCAACGGCGGGGGCGCUCCCGCAGCGGUCCCAAGCACCUCACCCUCUUCAACCCCGCCAAGAAUCCGCUGCCCCUCAGCCCGGAGGUGGCGCGCCUGCGCGCAAUCAAGAGCGACGCGGAAGUGCGCGUCAUGCGCGCCGCGGCGGAUAUCAGUGCGCGCGCACACGCGAAGACUAUGCGCUUCGCGAAACCUGGGAUGAAUGAGUCGCAGAUUGCUGCCCACUUUGCGUAUUUGUGCGCUAUGAGCGGGGCGCAACGGCAGGCUUAUGUUCCCGUGGUGGCUUCAGGGCCCAACGCGCUGAUCAUUCACUACACCUCUAAUAACCAGCUCGUACGUGCAGGAGAGCUUGUUCUAAUUGAUGCUGCUUGCGAAUACAACGGCUACGCCUCAGACAUCACCAGAACCUUCCCCGCCUCCGGCGUCUUCUCCCCCGCCCAACGCGACAUCUACCAGGCCGUCCUCUCCGCCCAGCGCGAGCUCGUGAAGAUGUGCACCGCAUCCUCCGGGCACAGCCUCUACAGCAUCCACCGCGAGAGCCGCGCGAUGCUGCGCGCCGAGCUCAACCAACUGCCGCGCUUUCAGCUCGACCUCGCGGAUGUGGAUAUCCUGUAUCCGCACUUUGUGAGCCACCCGAUUGGGAUUGACCUUCAUGAGUCGAGCAGCUUUGAUCGGAGUGGGAAAUUGCAGGCGGGGAUGGUGAUUACGAUUGAGCCAGGUAUCUACGUACCACCCACGGCGCAAUUCCCGAAGCACUUCCACGACAUCGGGGUUCGGAUAGAGGACGAGGUGGUCGUGGGCGAGCGCCAUCCGACCGUCCUGACCGUAUCGGCACCAAAGGAGGUCGCCGACGUCGAGGGCGCGUGUCAAGGGCUGCUCGGCCUGGAGCCAUACUAGUACAGGCCUGCGAGAGCCGUGCUAGUACAAGGCUGCGUGAGCCCCAGGAGUGCAGGCUGCAGAAGCCGCACUAGACCAGGGUCGCGGUAGAUCUACAUACAACACCACCUAUUCGUACACCCUAGCCAUAUUACACGCUGCCGCCCCCGCGAACAUGACACAUUCUAUGCGCUCGAC